GUCUGCACGUGGGGCCUGGUCCCUUCCCGGCAGGCCCGGGGCCCCUUCCGCCGCCCCUGUGCCGGGCGGGUCGGGACGGCCCAGCCGCUGCUCGCCAUGCCGCCGCCCGAACCGGAGGCCGUGCCCGAGUCGGUGCUGGAGCAGUGGCGGCAGUACAACGAGACCGAGCGGCAAUGGGAGCUGCGCCGACGCUUCAUCCUCCGCCACCUCCACGGCUACCCCGGUGCCGCCAUCGAUCAGCUCCUCUCGCUCUCCGUCCUCUGGACCAACCACCUCUUCAUGGGAUGCAGAUAUGGUGGGCAGGUCAUGGAGAAGGUUCUCAAGAUGGCUGAAGGCAUCGAUGUCGGGGAGAUGAGGUCGUAUGAGCUGGUCCCUGGCAGGAACCAAAAAAGACACCGCUCUCCAUCUGACAGUCCAGAGCCAGAAGGGGUUCCUCAGCCACCCAAAAAGAUGGUCCCCAUGUUCCGGGUCCGACCACGUUUUGAACCCAUACACUUUGUCACCAGUGCUGAGAAGGAUAACAGGAAGGACAAUUCUCUGGAUAACCAAGUGCAAGAGGUGAACCAGGAGGCAAAGACAAACAGCAUAACACAGCCAGCUGAAAACUGUACAAAUUCUUUUGUGAAUGCACACGAAGCGGAUCCCCAGCUCUCCAGCUCAGCUGGGUUUGGCUUUGUAGGCCAGGCAGCAGCAGCCAAGAAGGCUGUGAAUAGUAUGGACUCUACCACAAGCAGUGCCAUGCAGGUUUCUGUUUCUUCUUCAACUGCCCAGUCAGAGACUUUCCCUCCAUCAGCCAUAAUGCUGAAGCAGAGUUUUAUCGAGAAACUGUCAGCAGCUGUCUGGAAAAAUCUUUCUAACCCAGAUGCAAACAUGGGGACUGAUAAAAUCAACUUUACCUAUCUCCUGACACGUUCCAUUCAGGCCUGCAAGACAAAUCCUGAAUAUAUUUAUGUUCCUCUGAAAGAGAUUGCCCCUGCUGACCUCCCCAAAAGCAAGAGGCUCCUGACAGACGGCUUCGCCUGCGAGGUGCGGUGCCAGAACAUCUACCUGGCCACCGGGUACGCCGGCAGCAAGAACGGAUCCCGGGACCGGGCGGCGGAGCAGGCGGUGAAGCUGCUGAAGAAGUCUGUGGAAGUCAGAGUUGUUCAGAGGAAGUUCAAGCACACCUACCACGAGGACCUGGUGGUGUGCGAGGCGGGGCUGAGUCGCCAGGACUUCCCUCCUGCUCUCAAACCCCACGAGGAGUUCGUGGUCGCCAACAGGGACUGUGUCCCCCUGCAGCCCGGUUCUGAAGCUGGGAAAGGUCCCGGCAACACCAACAAACACUGGACGAAUUUUGUUCUCACAGAGAACGCCAGCGACGCGAUAGGAAUUCUGAACAAUUCUGCCUCCUACAACAAAAUGUCUGUUGAGUAUAAAUACGAAUUCAUGCCCAACCGCUUGUGGCGCUGUCAGGUCUACCUGCAGGAUCACUGCCUGGCUGAGGGGUUUGGCACUAAAAAGACCAGCAAGCACGCGGCGGCUGAGGAGGCGCUGAAGAUCCUGCAGAAGAUGCAGACGAAUCUGGCAGCCAUCAAAGUCACCCAGGUUCAGAAAGUGGGCUGCUCCUCACGGGGCUCCGGAAGGAAAAAGGACCUGAAGGACCUGGUGAUCUAUGAGAACUCCAGCAACCCCGUGUGCACGCUGAACGACACCGCCCAGUUCAACAAGAUGACAGUAGAGUACGUCUUCGAAAGGAUGACUGGCACACGGUGGAAAUGCAAGGUGCUGCUGGAGGAUGAAUUCAUCGCAGAAGCAGUUGGAGUGAAGAAAUCUGUCAAGCAUGAGGCAGCAGAGGAAGCCGUGAAAAUCCUCAAAAAGACUCAGCCAACUGUAGUUAAUAACCUGAAGAAAGGCACCGUUGAAGACGUCAUCUCCAGAAAUGAGAUCCGGGGCCGGUCGGCAGAGGAGGCUUUCAAACAGAAGAUCAAAGAAGACAACAUUGGGAAUCAAAUUUUACGGAAGAUGGGCUGGACGGGAGGUGGCCUGGGGAAAGCUGGCGAGGGAAUCAGAGAGCCCAUUUCAGUGAAGGAGCAGUUUAAAAGGGAAGGACUCGGGCUGGAUGUAGAGAGGGUGAACAAAAUCGCCAAAAGAGAUAUCGAAGAGAUCAUUCGAAACUACGCGCGCUCGGAUAGCCACAUUGACUUGACUUUCUCUAGAGAACUGACCAUGGAUGAGCGGAAGCAGAUCCAUCAGAUUGCCCAAAAAUAUGGUCUUAAAAGUAAAUCUCACGGGCAGGGGCACAACAGAUACUUGGUGGUAAGUAGGAAGCGGCGCAAGGAGGAUCUGUUGGACCAGCUGAAGCAAGAAGGCCAGGUUGGGCAUUACGAGCUCAUCAUGCCUCAAGCAAACUGAGGUUUGCCCAUUUUACCCAAGACUGAGCUUCCUAGGUAUUCAAUUAAGGAAAGAGAUGCUGCAUUUUUCUUUUUGUGGAUUAUAUUAACGUUAAAAGGUCUUCUACUUUGUUAAUAUAAUUUCUAAAAUGAUGCUAGACAUGUAGAACUGACUGAGUUCUAUUCAAGUAUAUUAGCACAGCCCAAAAAGCAGUAGUGCUGUUACUGUAUGUGUCUUUGAUAUUACUUCUUCCUUCACAUUUUAAUAGUUUUGUAAUAGCAAAAACACAUGUCCAAGGAGAAUGGAUUUGACAUCAUUUAAAAUUUCAAUACCCUUAUUCUUGAUUAAGGAAGGAAAAAAAAAAAAAAGCCUUUUUUUUUUUUAAAUUAAAAUCAUAAAAAGCAAAGAAAAUGCAGUCUGGAGGAAUACAACUGUAUGUAAAGUUGGUAUCAAUGACAAUAAAAAUAAAGUUUUAUUUCUGGAACAAAA